AUGGUCGUGUACCUUGCCCCAGGCCCGUCCAUCAUCACCGGCCCGAGCAGACGCCAUCACCACCAUCAUGAUGGAACCACCAUUACUACAACACCCUCUGCUGCUGCAGCUUCAGCUGUCUCUACAUUCCUACAAAAAUCACUUUCUCCCACCACCUGGCUCGUCAUCAUUAACUACCGGCUUUCAGGGUCAUCAUCGUCGGAGGACAAUGACAACGAAAAAGGGUCCAAGUUUCAAUUCCCCAUUCCCAUCCACGACGUAACGACGGCAUUUGACCAUCUCACAUCCGCCUCGCCGACGUUACCAUGGAACAAUCGCGAUCAGCAAGACCGAGAAGAUGGCCCUGGAUUGCCACCGGCACCGCCGAGAAUAUGUCUUUUAGGAAGCCACAUCGGCGGCGCGCUGGCGACUAUGCUGGCCCUGACAGAACCGAAUCGUGUCCACGCCCUGGCGGCACUGGAGCCCAUGGUCGACUGGGUCGGGUUGGACGAGUUGGUGAAGGAACAGCAACAACAGCAACAACAACAGCAGCAACAACAACAGCAACAACAGCAACAGCAACAGCAGCAAAUUCCCUCUGCGGAGUCGAGUCAAAAGAAGAGAAUUACUAGUACCCACCAUUCGCACAGAACCGCCGCCCUCGUCGCCGCGGCAGCAGAAAAGCUGAUCGAAUUGCGUGGAAGACUGUUCGAUUCGCCAUCGGCGUAUUUCGACCCGUUUGCUUCGCCGCUGUUGUUUCUACGUGCUCCGGGGAGGGAUACACCGACGCCGUCAUGGACACAGUCCUCAACAAGCUCGGCGUUAGGUCAGGAGAUCAUGGGCCUCGACGACCACCAGCAGCAGGAUGGAGAUGGGAAUGGCGCUUUAAAUGAUCCAACUACCUCAUCUGAUAGUGAAGCUGGAGAACCAGUGACUACUCCACCACCACCACCACCACGACGUCGCAAAGUCCUUCGCCGCUGGCCGGCCGUUGGAAAUCCCGACUCGGUCCUUCUCCCACACGUCAAAGUCUUUGUUCAUGCGCCGGCGCCUCAACCUUCUUCUCCUUCUUCUCCUUUUCCUGGAUCUACCACGACCGGCGGAAAAAGAGUGCAUAUGAAAUAUUACACGGGAAUUGGGACUGCCACUGCCACUGACGACCACGACGGUAACAACAACAACAACGACGACGCAGAUCGAGAUACAGAGUUACAACUAGGUCUAAUAGCCCUGAAGCGCGCCCAAGGCACCGAGCUCGUCCAAUUCAUGCGCAGAGCCUGUUUUCUAGGUCGAGACAAGAGUCUCGCGGAGGAGAGGGUUGUGUUGCACCAAUUUGAACAACGACUACAACGACUACAACGACUACAUCGAUUACAACAACAACAACAACCGCUCGAGUCCCAGAACGACACUAACGGCGCCUUGAAGGGCCUGGAUGGAUAUAACAACGGCGACCAUGACCAUGCCCAAGAGCAAAUGCAAAAGCAAAAAACAGUUCCUGAUUCGUCCCACACCAACAACAACAACAAAGACCCAACCCUGGACUUGGAUCUGCACAAAGCUGCCCUGCACUGGAUCGAGGAUAUGUUCCAACACGGGGACUGA